CAGCGCGUUGAUUUCGCGCGAUGAAACUUAUCAUUUUUUACUCAGCCCUGGCUGAGUAUUGGCUACACUGGCAAGUAUUUAAACGAUUCUGUGGUUGCAUUAUCAAAUGUCAAAUCUCUGUAUCAGCUGUUUGAAGUCUUUGAACUUGUCUACAUAUUAUUUUUUCAAUUUCAAUAUUUUUCUACGAUCUGGAAGGUUUUACAGUUAUAUACGAUUUUAUGAAGAUUCUACAGUAACGACUCGUUUGCCAAGAUUGUAAAAAAAGUAGCCGUUAUAACAAAAACGUAUCAUUUAAUCGACACCUAUAUACCAAAAACAAAUUCCAAGUACGUAGGAGAAUUCAGAGCUCGAAAAAAAUUAUUGAACCAAAAAUCGCCAGCCAAAACAGCAGCUCAACGAGUAUUCGAGUUGGGAAAAAACUUUGAGAAAUGCCACGAUUAUAGCGGACAUCGACGAGUUCCUCUGGACCACAAGUCACAGAUACUCCACAUCCGAAUACCAGCAGAGGCGAUGACACUAAUAUGCCAAAAACAAAUGCCGAGUACGUACGAGAAUUCAGAGCUCGAAAAAAAUUAUUGAAACAAAAAUCGCCAGCCAAAACAGCAGCUCAACGCAAUCGAGAAUAUUAAGCUCGAAAAAAAGCUUUAAGAAAUGCCGUGACUCUAGGAAACAAUGAAAUACCAUCGACAAGUUCCUCUGGACUACUGGUCACAGACACUCUACAUCCGAGUACCAGCAGAGGCGAGGGCACCGAUAUGCCAAAAACAACUGCCGAGCGCGUACGAGAAUACAGAGCUCGAAAAAAAUUAUUGAAACAAAAAAGGCCAGCCAAAACAGCAGCUCAAUGCAGUCGAGAAUAUCGAGCUCGUAAAAAAGCUUUGCGAAUUGCCGCGACUAUAGGAGACAAUGAAAUACUAUCGACGAGUUCUUUUGCGGUACAGGUUACAGAUACUCCACAUCUGAAACAAAAAAUGCCAGCCAAAACAGCGGCUCAAAGCUGUCGAGAAUAUCGAGCUCGUAAAAAAGCUUUGAAAAUCGCGACUAUAGGUGACAAUGAAAUACUAUCGACGAGUUCUUCUGGACUACAGGUCACAGACACUCCACAUCCCAGUACCAGCAGAGGCGAGGGCGCCGAUAUGCCAAAAACAAAUGCCGACUACGUACGAGAAUACAGAGCUCGAAUAAAAUUAUUGAAACAAAAAUUGCCAGCCAAAACAGCAGCUCAACGCAAUCGAGAAUAUCGAGCCCGUAAAAAAGCUUUGACAAUUGCCGCGACUAUAGGAGACAAUGAAAUACCAUCGACGAGUACAUCUGGACUACAGGUCACAGACACUCCACAUCCCAGUACCAGCAGAGGCAAUGGUAGUAUUUUGUAUAAUUAUCUUUCUCAAGCAAGGGGCGAAGUACAAACAACAAGGCCUAGGAAAUCAUGUGCACAGCGGUGUCGUGAAUAUAGAGAGCGAAAGAAGGCGAGGCAAAAUGCCGAAAAUAUUGUCUCUCCAGUCGCCAGUGUUUCGUCAAAGUACGAAACACAAGUGCAAGUGUUACAAUCCGAAGUGAUCGAAGUUGAGUGUGACUUUCCCGCCACUUCAGAUGCCGAAAAUAUUGUCGCUCAAAGACCAGUAGUCUCUCCAGUCGCCAGUGUUUCGUCAAGGGCUACUGACAUACAAAUUGAUUCUCUGCAAGUGUUAGAAUCCAAAGUGAUCGAUGUUGAUUGUGAUGCUCCCGCCACUUCAGAUGUCAGACGACAAUCAAUAUCUACAGAUAUCCCAAUUGAUGUGGAUGAGGAAAAUGCGUACACUGUUUAUUGUCGUAACUUGAUUCAAACAAGAAAUCCGCCUAAAUCAUGUGCACAGCGGAAUCGUGAAUACAGAGCGCGAAAGAAGGCGAUGAAAGAUGCCGCAAAUUUUGUCGCUCAAAGACAAAGAGUUUCUCCAAUCGCUAAUGUUUCGUCAAAUGCCACUGACAUAGUAAUUGAUUCUCUGCAAGUGUUACAAUCCGAAGUGAUCGAAGUUAAGUGUGAUUCUUCCGCCACUUCAGAUGUGGAUGAGCAAAAUACGUACAGUGCGUAUCGUAUCUUAGUUCAACCAAGAAAGCCGACUAAAUCCUGUGCACAGCGGAGUCGUGAAUACAGAGCGAGAAAGAAGGCGAUGAAAGAUGCCGCAAAUAUUUUCGCUCAAAGACAAAAAGUUUCUCCAGUCGCCAAAGUUUCGUCAAAUGCCACUGACAUACAAAUUGGUCCUGUGCAAGUUUUAAAAUCGGAAGCGAUGGAAGUAGAGUGUGAUGCCACUUCAGAUAUCAGACGACAGUUAACAUCUACAGAUAUCCCGAUUGAUGUGAACGAGCAAAAUACGUACAGUGCUUAUCGUCAAGCUCACCAGGAAUUUAUGAAUAAAUUUACAAAAAAUCCUUUUGGAGACGUUUGCACGAUAUGUAAUAGAGUGUGGUUUAAAGAAGAUUUAAAACAACCAGUGGAAGCGCACCAUGAAAUUCUACACACAAUUUUACCUGAUACAUCUGUGGAAAAUAUUUUAGCUUGCAAUACAUGUUUUUCUUCAUUGAAUAAGAAGAAAAUUCCAGUCAUGUCGGCAUAUAAUGGAUUCAAAUUUCCUGACGUUCCGGAUCACCUGCCACCGUUGGAAAUAUCAGAAAGAUCGAAACUUUCGCCUCGCAUUCCAUUUAUGCAGAUCAGGAGAUUGCGCCAUGUUAAUGGCGUUGAAUCUCAGGACAGCGUUGAAUCUGAGGAUGACUCCUAUCUAGCUAAUGUGAACGAUAUAGGAACAGAUACUGAUCCGAUUGCAGAUGCACCACAAUUAGUCAAUGUGGGGGAAAUACCAUGUAUAAAAACGGAAAAAGACGAUCCAGAUUUCGUGGAUCCUGCGCAGUUUUCUGAUUAUCCACCAGUUCAGAUUAAAGUAGAAGUACCUGAAGAUGAGCUGUAUGAACCUAAAUAUAUACCUGAUAUUGAUACUGAAGAAUCUAAAUUUGACCCAUUAUGCCUUGAUGAGAAAACUGAUACUGCAUUACUCCAAAAAAGGCCAGCUUCUGAGCAACCCAGUGGGGAAAAUUGCCUAUCGAAAAAAUUUAAAACGACAGUCAAGGAGGAAGAUUCAACAAUCAUUGAGGAUGAAGCAUAUUUGUUGGGUCAAUCUUGAACCAGAAAAUAUCGAGAAUUACGACCUGGUCAGCAGUUGCUUGCGAAGAAAGCGAUAGAGGAGAUUUUAUCUAAAGCAAAAUGUGACGGACUACUCGAGAAUUCAGUUAUUAUUAACGGAGGUUUAAGUUAUUCUUGUGCAGGAACUUCUACAAAUUCGUAGGCUUAAGUAGUGAUAUUUUUUUGGUAUUAAGUAUAAAAAGACAGCGUAAUAGGUACAGCGUAGAAUACGUUUAAGUUUAUCAAACAAGAGAGGGAAAAGUUCAACAAAAGACAGCCAAAAAAUGACAGAAAAUGUAAUCUAUGUUUGUUUUGUUUUAAAAUUAUUAAUUAUUAUUAUAUUAAUAUUUUUUCAAUAUUUCCAGAUUUUGAUUUAUUUUAUAAGCACAAAAAAAUAUAAAAAUACUGCUCUAAGAGAUAAUUCAGUGACGGUUAGGUUAGGUUAAGUUGUUUCUGGGGUCUUUAGCCACUGGAAAUAAAUCUACAAAAUAAAAAAGUUAUUUUUUGUAAACACCACUGGGCGUUGAAUCCAAACGGAAACCAGCUGGUCAGUGACUUUACUAGUAAAACAAAUUUGCCUAACCAACACAAAAUACUUAACUUUUCAGGAGGCAUGUCUCCUACCGUCGCGCGUCGCCAGCAGCAAAAAACAAAGAAAAAUAAACUAAAAUAUCUUAAUACAACUAUUCAAGAACACUUUCAUUUUUUAGCAGAUAACUAUGUUACUGACACUGAGAGAACGCCAAAAAACUUAAACUUUCUGUAUAUGAUUCUUUUGUUGGUUUUAAAUAUUUACUUAUGUUGAUAUAAUAUGUUGUGGUGUUUUGAUAAAAAUAAGUAAUCAAAGAAACGAUAGUCCUACAUUACUAACCUCUUGUAUCUUAUAUUAGAUUGGAUUAAAAAAGCCUCUUUUAUUUUUUUGUUUUGAGGUUAUCUUUGUGUUUUUUUUUGCUUCUGGCGACGGGAGGAGAUCACACCUCCUGAAAUGUUAAGCAUUUUUUCUCUGUUAGGCUAAAGCGUUAGUUAGGCUACGUUGGGACGUUGGUCCGACGGUGCUCUGAUUGGUCAUAGCGUUUUCGCGCCACUUUUCAUCCGUAAAUAUUUUACUUCAGCUCG